UCUCCAAAGGAGCAUCCGGUCCCCUCGCCAACCUGGCCCGGACCUUGCGCUCCUCCGUCGCUUGAGAAGGAAAUGUCGGUCACGGGGAGGGGGCGGGAAUCUUGAUUUAUUUCCCUGUCCUUGGACAACUUGUAUAUAUGGGUUGUCCUCCUCCCUUCUUUUCUCAAUGCUUCAGACACGGGUGUCUGCGUGCGCGCUGGAAGGAGGCAGCGGCAAGCGCCUCUGCUCCUCUCCGCCCAAUCCUCCCUGCGCUACGGCUUUACAAAGGAGGAGGAAGAGGAAGAUGGCGAGCCAAUGCAAUUAGACUAACAAGGGACGGACGGCAGCGGGAACAGGCGGCGGCGGCGGCGGCGGCGGCAGCAGCAGCAGCGGCGGCUUUUGCCCGGACCACUGACACAUCCCCCUCCCCUUUUUUUCCCUUUCUUUUUCUUCUCGCCGGGGCGACCGGUUGAGAAAGUCCAGCAGGAUCUUUCCCUGCGCUCCCCCCCUUUUUUUUCCCCUUUUACUCUCGCAGGGCUUUUUGGACAAGACUCCCUUUUCCUCCUGGACCCCAUUGUGAAGGCGAGGCUUGCUUAGAAUUUGCGUGCUGGACAGCGCUCUUUUUAAAAACAUUUUUUUUUUUUUUUGCUCUCUCCCAAAAGGCAGAGACGGGUCUUUUUUUCCAGCUUGAGCGCUAUUCCCUUUUUUUUUCCCCAGGUGGGAGUGGCUGCACCCCUUUUCCUUGGUGCAUGUGGACAGCCGUGUUUUUCUUUUGCUUUUGCCUACAGCCCCACUUCCUCCCCCGGGAGCCUAUUUUUUGCCGCGCGGCCACCCCCACCCCCCCCACUCCCCCAUACGCAAACACCCCAUGUUGACUCCAGCAGAUCCUUUUUUUUUUUCCACCCAUUGUAACUGGAGUCUGAAAUAAUGGCGAGCCGUUGGACAGUGGGGCCACUCUGGGGAAAAAGAGGCUCCUCGCCACCCGAAGUCCCCGAGAAAUGCAGCCAGGGGGCGAUGCUCAUCUCUGAUUCACAGCCGAAGAGCCAGCAUUGUCCGAAGACAUUUCCGUGGUCAUGUGGCAUAUGCCAAAGGUGCACGGAAUGCUGUUACCUUCCCACCAAAAUGUGCGGGUGUCGGCAACCCGCGACUCCGGAGCCACAUGCAGCUCUUUGGGCCUUCUGCUGCUGUUCCCUGCCCCAUCACUGGCUGGCCCCACCCCUCGCCCUCCCUUCCCAGUCACUCCUCAACUGGCCUGAGAAGGUAUCCAAACAUGAAGAUGAAAAAGGGCAGUAUGAAACAGGGUCAAUGUCAGAAGAUGAAGAAACUUUAUCUUGGCCCGGACUCAAACUGAUAGCUUUACGAAGAUCACCAAAUGGUUUUGGUUUUACCUUAAGACAUUUUAUUGUUUACCCCCCAGAAUCUGCUAUUCAGAUAUGUUUAAAAGAUGAAGAGAAUGGAAAUAAAAGUGGGAGAACAAGAAAGAAGCCUGAGCCAGUGGAUACCAUAUUUGUUAAACAAGUUAGAGAAGGAGGACCUGCUUUUGAAGCUGGACUAUCCACAGGUGACAGAAUUAUAAAAGUGAACAGAGAAAGUAUCAUCGGAAAGACAUUUUCUCAAGUAAUUUCUUUAAUUCAGAACAGUGAUGAUGACUUGGAACUCAGUGUUAUGCCAAAAGAUGAGGACAUUCUUCAACUUCUGCAGUUUUCAAAGGAUAUCAGAGCACUGGCAUAUUCCCAAGAUGCCUACCAGAAAGGCAAUGAAGCCUACACUGGUAAUGCUCUUUAUAUACCUGAGCCUCCACCAAUAAGUUAUCCUCGAUUAACAUACCCAUCUCCUGUCCUGGCAUUACCUAUGGAGAAAGCACCUCCUGACUUAUCACUGGGAAAGCAAUCAAAUAGUAGAGCUGUACCGACAUUAGCGCAACCUGAAAAGGCCUGCAGAAAGGAAAUUCAAGUGCCUCCAUCUCCAAAAGAUAUUGCAAAAUCUAACACAGCUGUCUGUGUUUGUAAUGAGACCAUAAGAACAGUUGUUGUGCCUUCUGAGAACGAUGUAGACUUUUCAUCAGUUAGAACAAACCAUACUAGUCCAUCACACCAGACAGAAGAUAUAAAAUACAGUUUCAAGGAACAAACCUCUGUAAAAGCAAAACCACGAACCACUUCACCUUCCUCUUCGAUGUCCACUGCCAUUGUACUUCCUCAGACUCCACUUACAAAACCAACAGAUUCCCCAGAAACAGCUUAUGAUUCUGGAAACUAUGAAGGAGAGCCAGAAGGAGCUUCAGGUUGUAGUUCUCCUGCUCAGAGUGGAGAUUCUCCCUCUGUUAAUGUUAAUCACACCACUUCUCCAAGUGCCCGUCAUAAGAUAGACUGGAAAACUUACAAAACCUACAAAGAAUAUAUUGAUAACAAACGCUUUCCCAAAUAUGGUUUCAGAACCAUACAGGAAAGGUUAGAUAGUUUAAGAGGCACGUCUUCACAUUCAAUAGAUUACUAUAUUGGCUCACAGGUACGCUGCAGAAGCACCUCUCAUGAUAGGAGCUCACAGUCUCUAUCUGCUCGGCAAAGGAGCAUAUCCCAGGAAAGAGUUAAGGAUACUGUAUUAAUCAAAAGGUGGCCUAGAAGUGCUUCGCAAGAUACUUUAACUUCACCAGUUAUCAGCCCUCGAAGUCGUAGGGCACGCUCCUGGAACUAUUUAGGCAGACAAGGUGAAGCAGUGGAAAGUGUUCACAGUGAGGACCUUAUUGCAGAUUCAAGCACAGCCAAAAAAAUUACACAUGAAUGUACUGGACUUACUGAUCAAAAUGACCCUCAAGGCAUUUAUGAAACUUCAUGGCAACAUACGUUUCAGGGGUCCCUUAGUGAUUUUUCUGUGGCUCCUGGUGUUUAUCCUUCAGGCAACAGACAAAUAAGCAACCGAGUCUUAGGACCCUUUGCUCAAUUCCAGAAAAAUUCAACUGAUGUAAAAUUGCUGCAGACUUCCAAGGAUUUGCCAACCACUAGAGGUUCAAACUCUACAACCGCUUUUCAGGAAAGAGCACCUCGCUCAACAAUUAGAAGCACAAGAAAUAGUUCUUUGAAGACCUGUGUACGUUAUGCAGCAAAGCCAUCAUUUCCUUCUAAUCAGAGUCUGGAUAGUGCUACAACCACAGACCAAAGAGAAAUUAAUUAUGUGCACUAUAGUGGUUUGCCAACUCAACAAUCCAGGAAACAUGCUGAAAGUCCACCAGAUCCCAAACUAGACAUGAGUAAGUCUAAUCUUUCCCCCGUUACCUAUACAGCUUCUGUCAAUUUUGUCCCACAAGUUAACGAGCACUUAACUACCUUGGUUAAUUUAGAUGUGUCUGUCAGACAAAAGAUUCAAAAUUUUGAAACCGAAGCUAUAAAACAGUCUGAAGUUCAAGCAAUAGAUGAGACAAAUGAGGAGGAAGUGGUUUUGCGGGAAAAGUCAUCUUCUGGCAAUCAAACCCCACAACUUUUGCGACAUCAGUCCUAUAUUUUAGCUGUAAAUGGUCAGGACUCUGCCUCUGAGACCACUUGUUGGUUACCCAAUGAUGCACGGAGAGAAGUUCAUAUAAGAAAAAUAGAAGAAAGGAAAGCCUCUUGUUCCUGCACACCUUAUGAUUCCUUGGCAUCAAUUCCAUUCAUAGAUGAGCUGACCAGUCCUAGUAUUGACCUGGACAUCACCCACAUUCCAGCUUCUGCUGUUAUUUCACCACCUCCUUCACGAGCAAUGGGCACCACCAGUGCUGUUCCUUUGAGUUGUACUGCUCUUGUACCUUUUAUUCGGCGUCAACUGUCUUCUGGCCAUGAAUCAAUUAGGACUAGUGACCUAGAUGAUCAAUUACCUGCAAAAAAUGAAAGGUCCAAAUCUUACUCUGAAGGACUUGAUGACUAUAAAGAAGGAAAAAGGGCCAUAAAGCAUGCACCGAGCUUAAAGGAAAUUAAGAUUCCAAAUAGCCAAGCAUCUUCAGAAAAUGCAGGAUUCAGAAAAGCAUCUGCUUCAGAAGUCUUUGGUGACACCUCCAAAGAAGGAUAUCUUCAUUUUCGGCAGUUGGUUACAGACAAGGGGAAGAGAGUUGGUGGGAGCAUCCGACCAUGGAAACAGAUGUAUGUCAUCCUCAGAGGGUGUUCAUUAUACUUAUACAAGGAUAAAAAAGAACCAGCUAUGCUUUCUGAGGAGGAACAGCCCAUCAACAUCAAUGCUUGUUUAACAGACAUUUCAUAUAGUGAUACCAAGAAGAAACAUGUGUUUCGGCUUACUACAUCAGACUGUGAAUACCUGUUUCAAGCUGAAAAUAGAGAUGACAUGCUGGCAUGGAUUAAAGCUAUACGAGGAAACAGCAAUGAGGAGGACACAGGUGUCUCAAGCAGAGAUCUAAUUAGCCGGAGGAUUAAAGAAUACAGCACAAUUAUGGGUGCUUCUAGUGGCAAAACUGAGCCACUUUCAAAACCAUCCCGACCGAGCCUAAUUAAAAGACAGACAUUCCUUGGCACUAAAACUGAGCAAAGAACUCAGAGUCCACAUUCUCCUAAGGAGGAAUCAGAAAAGAAAUUCCUUACUAAAGUCACGAAGCUUUGGAGAUAUUUGCAAUCUUCUGUCAAGGAAAGUGGAAAUGGCAGUGGGAUCGAAAAAGAUGAGACAAGUCCACCCAAAGAUAAAGGUAUAUGGCGAAAAAACAUUCCAAGCAUCAUGAAAAGAACUUUUGAAAAGAAGCCAUCUGCCGCUUGCACGUUUGGUGUCAAACUAGUUGAUUGUCCCCCAGCAGAGAGCAAUAAGUAUAUUCCAAGAAUUGUUGAAAUAUGCUGCAAGCUAGUUGAAGAGAGAGGUCUUCAAUAUACUGGUAUUUAUAGGGUUCCAGGAAAUAAUGUUGCCAUCUCAAAUAUGCAAGAAGAACUGAACAAAGGAAUGACUGACAUUGAUCUUCAAGAUGAUAAAUGGCGAGAUCUGAAUGUCAUAAGUAGUUUAUUGAAGUCCUUUCUCCGGAAGCUUCCAGAACCACUCUUUACUAAUGAGAGAUAUGCAGCUUUCAUAGACGCCAACAGAAGAGAAGAUCCUGUUGAACGACUAAAAACAUUGAAAAGCCUGAUCCGUGAUUUACCUGAACAUCAUUAUGAAACACUUAAAUUUCUCUGUGCCCAUCUGAGAAAUGUAGCAGAACAUUCAGAAGAGAACAAGAUGGAACCAAGAAACCUGGCAAUAGUAUUUGGUCCAACACUUGUGAGGACAUCUGAAGAUAACAUGACUAAUAUGGUUACUCAUAUGCCAGAUCAAUACAGAAUUGUAGAAACACUUAUCCAAAAACAUGACUGGUUUUUCGCAGAAGAUGAUGCUGAACAACCUUUUACAGGAGUUCAGGAAGCAAACACAGUAGAGUCUCAGCCAGUGCCAAGCAUAGAUCAUUUACUCAGCAACAUUGGAAGGAUUGGAGUAUAUCCUGGAGAUGUAUCAGAUUCAGCUACUGGUGACUUUUCCAAAUUUAAGGGUUCUUGGGGAUCUGGAAAUAAUCAAUACAGCAGAGAGCUACUCAAGUCCUCUAUAUUUGCCACAACCAGUCGCAAGCGGAAAAAAGCAAAAGACAAACUACAACCCAGCAGCUCUGAAGAUGAGUGGGAUAGUGUUUUUUUCAUGAAGGAGCCUGCAGAGCUCCAUUUCAAUGACUCAGCAAAAGAGGACACAUCUAAAACGGAGCUGGAGAAGGAAACCACGGGGGGAAUAGAGAGAGCAGGAUUUCCGAAAGAAAAGGAAGACUGUGUUAACAGUCCUUCUACAACAAGCAAGGAUGAAAUGUUGCUGAGGAAAGAGAAAUUGUUCUCUGAAGAACCCUCAACAUCUUAUAUUCAGAAAUACAGGAGAUCUCCAAAUCCCAUCUCAUGGCAAAAUACACAAAAAGAUUACCAUAAAGUCCCUAAUUUCCAGAUUGCUUCUGUGUUGGAAGAAACCAUUUUGGACUUAAGCGCCACCCUCAGCUGCAGUUCACAAGCUUCUCUGCAAAAAGUAUCCUGUAAAAGAUUAGGAGGCCCUGAAAAUAAACGCAGUGAAUUUUUAACUGCUGAUGUUGGCUCCAUCACUUCAGGUUACUCCACAACAUCCUCCACUGCAUAUUUAGCUGGUGUAGAUUCCACUGUGCUGGCUGCUGAAGUGCUUUACUCAGUGACAGAGAGUAAAGGAGAAGAGGCCGAUGAUGAAAGUAGUGAACUGAUCAGUGAAGGUCGCCCUGUAGAAACAGACAGUGAAAAUGAUUUUCCUGAUUUUGCAGCAAGUUCUUCUGUGGAUAGGCUAUUCAGGGAGAAGACUCAAGACAUGGCAAAGAACCUUAGGAGGAACUCUGAAGAAAGUGAAGUAAGUUGUUCAGGAGGAACUUCAACACCAAAGUUAGACAGUCACAGACUUUUCAAUUCAUACAAACUUAUUGAAUGUGAUACUCUAUCUCGGAAAAAGUUGGCCAGGUACAAAAUGGAGAGUGAAGGCUUAAGGGAUGCAAAACACGAGGAGGAUAUAAAGAAAGGAAAGAUAGACAGCAGCUUAACCCCAUCAACAAGAAGUGAACCUGUCAAACAGGAGCCUACAUGGAAACUCAAGAUUCCAGACAGAUUAAAACUGCGUCUCAAAUCAUCUGCCGAUGAUAUGCUUGGAACUGGCAAUGAGAAGACAAACCCUGCAGAGAGCUCCAAAAGAAAGAACAUCAGGCGAAGGCACACAUUAGGAGGACAAAGAGAUUUUAUUGAAUCAAGUGUUCUGAAUGCAUGGAAAAUUCAAGAAAAAUACCCAAGCAUGGAGAAGGACAUUUUAGCAGUAACCCCGUUUAAGGCAAAAUCCCCAUCCCAGUACACAGAGUAUGUUGCACAAGACCGUCUGCUGAGUAACCCAGUAGACCUUAAAACAAAUAAAACUGAAAAGGUGAAUGUAAGCCAAUUAGAUGAUUCUUCAAAGGCAGAAUCCUCAUUUUCUGCAGAGAUAUCAUCAGGAGGUGAUAGUACCACUUCUUCUGGUAGUUCUUCCACUGAAGCCUGGUACAUAAAACCCAUGGAGUACUCAGUACUCUAGACCAUUUUAGUGGAGAAAGCUACCAGACUAUGAAUGAGGCCCAUCAGCCUGGCUGUUGAUGCUCACCGUCAUAAAUUAUCUGAGACCUUGGAGAUUAUGUCUCAAUUCUACUAGUCCUUUUGACACAGUUAAAUAGCCGCCGCCACAGUUCAGUAGCAUAUUUUCUUUUUUUCAGUUGUUCUGUAUGCUUUUCCCCACCCCACACACAGUGUUAGUGUGCACUAUGCAUAAUGCAGCUACAAUAUUAUUAGUCAGAAGAAAAAAAUAAUUCUUUUUAUUUUAGUCGUUAACAAGUGCCUCAUCAACUUUUUUUAAAAAAAGUUCAUUUGAUUUGUUAAGGUGCCAUAAUAGUUGUUAUAUUUAGAUAUUUAUGUUAACUGUAAAGAGCAAAUUGCUGCAUUUUAUUGUAGAGACUGAAAGGGAGAAUGUAAACCAAUUAGAUGAUUCCUCAAAAACAGAGUCCUCAUUUCCUGCAGAGUUAUAAUCAAGAGGUAAUAAUAUCAGUUCUGAUAGUUCUUCUGGCCCCAGGUUUGAAUACCAGUUCUGAUAGUUCUUCUGGCCACUGAGUACUUGGACUUCUAGUACUUGGAUUUCACUUCAGUGGGAAAAGCUACCAAUAUAUGAACAAUGAUGUUCACCCUCAUAAGUUAUCUGGGCCCAGGAGGAUAUAACUUGAUUCUACCAGUAUCAUUGAGACCAUUAAAUGGCCAGCACCACAAUUCAGUAGCUCUCCUCUUCCCUCCUUUCCUUUCCCCUCUCUUAUUCUAUGUUGCCCCACUCCACAGUGUUAGUAUGCACUAUGCAUUAAUGCAACUAUGACAUUGUUAGUUGGAAGAAAAAAAAUUCUUUGAGUUCAGUGGUUAACAAGUGCCUCAUCAAAAUUUAAAAUUUAAAAAAAGUUCAUUUGGUUUGUUAAGGUGCCAUAAUAGUUGUUACAUUUAGACAUUUAUGUUAAACAUAAAACAAAUUGCUGCAUUUUAUUGUUAAGACAUUUCAUUACAUUUUUAAAAAUUUAACACACAUGGAUACAGAGCUUCCAUUUAGGCAUUCCAGUUGGAUUUUUGAGUUUUAUAUUCUGAUUUUAAUACAGUUUUUGAGUAUUAUGUGACUUGAAUUUUUACUCUUUCUGUAAAAUAAAUAACUUAAGUGUAAAUACACUAUGUGUGUAUCUUUUCCUCAGACACCAGCUUUGAUAUAAAUGUUGUAACAUAGAAGUGUAGAUAGUAGAUCCUGGAUAUGUGGAUAGAACUGGUUUCUUUUAUCAAGAAUAUAAUUCUGCAUGAAGAGUUAAUAAAUCCAGAUCUGUACAUGCUUCUGUGUAUAUCCACUUAAAACACUGGAAAUAAAUUGGUUUUGAUUGUU